CUUUUACCUUUUUCUCCAAAGGACUUUGACUUGAGCCAGUUGCACAGGGGCCUGGAUGCUCGGCCCGAAGUGACUCGCAAUGAUGUGGCACCAACCCUCGUGAGUGUGCCCCAGUACCGGCCCCGCCCUGCCAAUCCUGAUGAAAUUGGAAAUUUUAUUGAUGAAAACCUGAAGGCAGCGGACACUGACCCCACGGCUCCUCCUUACGACUCUCUGCUCGUGUUUGACUAUGAAGGAAGCGGUUCUGAAGCUGCUAGUCUGAGCUCCUUGAACUCCUCAGAGUCAGACCAAGACCAGGACUAUGACUACCUGAACGAAUGGGGCAAUCGCUUCAAGAAGCUGGCGGACAUGUAUGGGGGUGGGGAGGACGACUAGGGGUCUUGAGACAAAUGGGGAAGGAGAUGGGUCCUUACACCAUGUGGGGGAGAGUGCAGGGGUCAUGGUUUUCCAGCUCCCUUCACUUGAGAUGAGUUUCUGGGGAGGAGAGACUGCUCAGUGAUGCAGUUAGGAUACUUAGGAUUACCACUUGAUAGAUCUAUCUGUAUUUUGACCUAUUCUUUGAAGCUUUUUUUCUUUCAUCAUUCUUUAAAUGGUGAUACUGUCCAAAAGACAUCCACACGUUUAAUAUUUCAAAAGAAGAGCUUCAGCCUCCGGAAGGUUCUGCUAGCAACUUGGAGGUUAGGUUCUGCUAGCAAUUUACAGAUUUCCUUACAAGCUUUCGUCUCAUUUUUUUAAAGAAAGGGGGGGCUCAACUACCCUAUUGUUGUGUGUGUGUGUGUGUGUCGUGUGUCUGUGUGUGUAAUUAUUUUUAAUUUGUGUUCUUUCUUUCUCCUAUCACUGCUCUGGUGUCCCCUGUUCUAAUACCCACUGUUACUCCUUCUGAACUUAUAUUGCCCCAGACAGGAGUUCUCUGAUGGAGAAAUUGUUGGGCCCUUUCAGGAUAGGAGACUUGGUCUUAGCCUGGCCAGAGUGUGACUGGGUAUCAUGGACUCGUAAGACCUUUAAUGGUUCUCCUUUUUUAUUUUCUAAGUACAUAACUUGAAAUUGGUGUCCAUCCACUUACUUGUUCUGCAUAAAUAUGUUUGUUAUGUGUGUGUCAUUAUUGAGGUACUUUGGUUCUAAAUAGGGAGCACUGCGCAGAAAAGGUGGUGAGUUUUCAGAUGCCAUUCAACUUCUAAUGUUCAUUUAUCACUCAAAAGAGUGAUCUCUUUCGACACUUAAUGAUGGUGCCUAAGUGCUGCAGCCAAAGACAGAAGGAGGUUUGUCACAGCUGAGGGCAACAUGAGAAAUGGGCUUGGAGGUGGCAGGAGAGAUGUGUCAUUGGGCCUGGCAAUUUAGCAAACCGAGGCUGAGGAUGAUUGAGGUGGCUCUACCUCUAGUCCUGAAAAUUCUGAAGAAUGGAAGAAUCUCAACAUGUGUGUCCUAUCAGGAUCCUCCUGCCAGAGUUGGCACCUGAAGCCCAGAAUCCCCAAGUGCCUGCUUUUGUUGAUGCCUACAGAAAAUGCUGGCUGAUCUGGACACAUCUACCCCAAAUUCCAAGAGUUCGUAGAAAACCGAGGAUGUUAGGAAAUCCAAUUUUUCCCCUUAGGAGCAGGAAGAAAAUAUGGCGCUAAAGGGUGCUAGCAAGGGGAGGGUGGGGAGAAUUUUGAUUUGGAUCUUCUUUUAAUUGAAAUGCGAACUUCAAGAAACUUUUGACAACCACAGAAAAUAAUUUUAUCUAAAUUGCUUUACUGUCUGUCAGCUGUUUUUCAAAGGAAAAAAAAUCAUCCCUGCAAUCAGGUCUUGGAAUUCUCUUGAUUUUUUAGCAAUUUAAACUCUAACGUAGUCUUGUGUAGAGAAUGUUACUAUAGUUUCGAGUGUAUACAUGUGUGGGUGCGGAUAAUUUUGUAUUUUCUUUGGGGGUGGAAAAGGAAAACAAUUUAAGCUCAGAAAAUUCUUAAAUAUUCAUUUUUAUAAAUUUUAUUAAAGAAUUUUGUUAAACCAUUGUCAAA